AUGUUACUACAAGCUACUGCUAAUCCUCACCUUAAGACAUCAAUUGGAUCAAAUUCUUUGAUGAUUGCUAGUUUUCAUGGUAAUUAUGAAGCUGUUGAACUUUUGCUAAAGGAACAAGUUGAUCUUAAUGUUCAAGACAGAUAUAGUUUAAAUGCUUUUAUGUUGGCUUGUCAAAAUGGUCACACUAAAAUAGCCAAACUGUUGCUGAAGGAACAAGUUGAUCUUAACUAUGUUCAUGGAGUGAAUGCUUUUAUUCACAUUCAAGUUGUUGAGCUGUUGCUGAAAGAACAAGUUGAUCCUAAUACUCAAAACAAAGAUGGAGUGACUGCUUUUAUGUUGGCUUGUCAAAAUAGUCACAUUCAAGUUGUUGAGCUGUUGUUGAAAGAACAAGUGGAUCCUAAUGUUCAAAACAAAGAUGGAGUGACUGCUUUUAUGUCAGCUUGUGAAAAUGGUCUCACUCAAAUAGUUGAGCUGUUGUUGAAAGAACAAGUUGAUCCUAAUGUUCAGAAUAAUGAUGGAAUGAAUGCUUUUAUGAUAGAACAAGUUGAUCCUAAUCUCCAAAACAAAGAUGGAUUGACUGCUUUUAUGUUGGCUUGUCAAAAUAGUCACAUUCAAGUUGCUGAGCUAUUGUUGAAAGAACAAGUUGAUCCUAAUGUUCAAAACAAAGAUGGAGAACAAGUUGAUCCUAAUGUUCGAAACAAUGAUGGAUCGACUGCUUUUAUGUUGGCUUGUCAAAAUAGUCACAUUCAAGUUGUUGAGCUGUUGUUGAAAGAACAAGUUGAUCCUAAUGUUCAAAACAAAGAUGGAGUGACUGCUUUUAUUCACAUUCAAGUUGUUGAGCUGUUGUUGAAAGAACAAGUUGAUCCUAAUGUUCAAAACAAAGAUGGAGUGACUGCUUUUAUGUCAGCUUGUGAAAAUGGUCUCACUCAAAUAGUUGAACUUUUGCUCAAUGAACAAGUUGAUACUAAUUUUCAAAACAAAAAUGGAUUGACUGCUUUUAUGUUGGCUUGUCAAAACAGUCACAUUCAAGUUGUUGAGCUUUUGCUGAAGAAAGGAAUUGAUCCAAAUGCUCAAAAUAAUGAUCAAGUGAAUGCUUUUAUGUUGGCUUGUCAAAAUAGUCAAAUUCAAAUUGUUGAACUGUUGCUGAAGGAACAAGUUGAUCCUAAUGUUCGAAACACAAAUGGAAUAGAUGCUUUUAUGUUGGCUUGUGAAAAUGGUCACAUUCAAGUUGUUGAGCUGUUGCUGAGUAAACAAGUUGAUUUGAAUGUUCAAAACAAUGAUGGAGUAAAUGCUUUUAUGUUAGCUUGUCAAAAUGGUCAUACUCAAAUAGUUAAACUGUUGCUAAAGGAGCAAGUUGAUCCUAAUGUUCAAAGGAAUGAUGGAGUAAAUGCUUUUAUGCUGGCUUGUGAAAAUGGUCAUACUCAAGUGGUUGAACUGUUACUGAAGGAACAAGUUGAUCCUAAUGUUCAAGACAAAGGUGGUGUUACAGCUUUAAUGAUUGCCAGCGCUAAUGGACAUUAUGAAGUAGUUAAGUUAUUAUUAGAAUGGAAAGUUGAUCCAACUAUAAAAUCUAAUGAAGGACGCCCUGCAUUAUCAGUAUCCAAGACAUUUGAAAUAUAUAAAUUGAUCUACUCUUUUUUUGUUGAAAACUAUAUAAAGUUAGAGGAAGAUACUGCUAGUCUAUAUUCAAUUGAAUCUCAAGUAACAGUAUCCAGUGGAUAUUAUACAAUAUCAGACAUAAGUAGCAUGAAAACUUUUCCUUCUACACAAACUUUAGAUUCAGCAAUAAAUGAGAAGUAG